AUGGAGAGGCAGAGGACGCAGACCCUCUCUGGGGAGGUGCCGCUGGUGACCCUGCCCCCGGGGUCCCUCUGCCCUGCCUUGGCCUUUCUUCCAAGAAGCCAGGUGGCCUCCCUGUCCACUCAGGUCUCCCUGGCGGGCUCAGGCCAGGUGACAGCCAGCACCGACGUUGGCACAUUCCCCUCCCUGGACUGGCCAUGGUGGCUGUUCUGCAGCGUGCUGGCUGUGCGGACGCCACGCAGGCUGGCCCGCUCACGGGUGACCUCAGAACCCCUGUUCGGGCUGCUCACUGGAGUUCUGGGCUCUCCAGAUGUGGGUUCCCUCCGGGCCACUCCUGUACCCUCGGGGCGGCAUGGGAGCUUGGGGAUCCGCCUGAUCCUCUCGGUGGCAGACAUUCUCUGUCCCAACAGCCCCCCCCCACCCCCCCGGCUGGGUGGUGUCUCCCUGCAGGCCCAGGCGGACUCAACCUGGGUGGGGCCCUCGGUGGUGGCGCGUGCCCUGGCCCACAGCCCUGACGUUCGGGAGAUGUCCUGUGUCCUCACACUUGCCGUGUCCACAGGGGAGCAGAGGGAAGCCCAGGGAAGUGUAGGGACUUGUCCAAGGACCCAGCGAGGAGCAGCUGAGCCAGGGUUGGGGGCGGCAUCCGUGUGCACAUCUGUGUGCCAAAUCUUCCUGGCGCGGGAGUCGUACUGGGUUACAGGCAGGUCUCGGGGAGGCCCGGGGCUGGCCGAGGCUGCCGGGGUGGGCCAUUAUCCUCUGCCCAUCUCGGGGGGCGUUUGCUGGCUCAGGACCCGCCCCGGGCUCCCACCUCCAGCCUGUGCCCUGCCCAGGGCAGGGGAGCCCAGGAAAGGGCCUGGCUGUGCCAGGAGGUUGUAUGUGGCCACCCCAGCCCAGGGCCUCUCAGAGCCUCAGACAGCCACCACGGGGGCUGUGGGGUCAGCGGGCCCCAUGCAGCCUCUGCUGGUCACGCAGAGGAGUGACGGGGGGUGGGCAGCAGAGUCCCGCCCCAGCCCAGCCCAGCCAGUCCAGCCCGCACCCACGUGGCUGGCCUGUGGCCCUGCCGUGUUCUCAGGCCCAGCUCUCUGCCCCGCUGCCCACCGCAGGUGCCCGUGGCUGACGCGAGCCGUGUCCCCAGCCGUGCCCGUCUACAAUGGCAUCAUCUUCCUCUUCGUCCUGGCCAACUUCAGCAUGGCCACCUUCAUGGACCCCGGCGUCUUCCCCCGAGCGGACGAGGACGAGGACAAGGAGGACGACUUCCGGGCCCCGCUGUACAAGAACGUGGACGUGCGGGGGAUCCAGGUCCGCCUCAAGUGGUGUGCCACCUGUCACUUCUACCGCCCGCCGCGCUGCUCCCACCGCAGCGUCUGCGACAACUGCGUGGAGGACUUUGACCACCACUGCCCCUGGGUCAACAACUGCAUCGGGCGCCGCAACUACCGCUACUUCUUCCUGUUCCUGCUGUCGCUCAGCGCGCACAUGGUGGGCGUCGUGGCCUUCGGCCUGGUCUACGUGCUGAACCACGCCGAGGGGCUGGGCGCCGCCCACACCACCAUCACCAUGGCUGUCAUGUGCGUGGCCGGCCUCUUCUUCAUCCCGGUCAUCGGCCUCACCGGCUUCCACGUGGUGCUGGUCACUAGGGGGCGCACCACCAACGAGCAGGUGACGGGGAAGUUCCGCGGGGGCGUGAACCCGUUCACCCGAGGCUGCUAUGGGAACGUGGAGCAUGUGCUAUGCAGCCCCCUGGCACCCCGGUACGUGGUGGAGCCGCCCCGGCUGCCGCUGUCCGUGAGCCUGAAGCCGCCCUUCCUUAGGCCCGAGAUCCUGGAGCGCACGGCGCCGCUCAAGGUCAAGCUGAACGACAAUGGGCUGAAGGCCGGCCUGGGCCGCAGCAAGUCCAAGGGCAGCCUGGACCGGCUGUUCAGCAGCGACCUGCAGACCCCCCGACCUGGCAGUGCUGAGAGCGCCCUGUCUGUGCAGAGGACCAGCCCCCCGACGCCUGCCAUGUACAAGUUCAGACCAGCCUUCCCCACGGCUCCCAAGGCACCCUUCUGUGGGCCUGGUGAGCAGGUCCCAGGCCCUGACUCCCUGACCCUGGGGGACGACAGCAUCCACAGCCUGGACUUCGUGUCCGAGCCCAGCUUGGACCUCCCUGACUACGGGGCCGGUGGCCUGCACGCUGCCUACCCGCCGUCCCCACCGCUCAGCGCCACCGAUGCCUUCUCGGGUGCUUUGCGCUCCCUCAGUCUCAAGGCCGCCAGCCGUCGGGGCGGGGACCACGUGGCCCUGCAGCCCCUGCGCUCCGAGGGAGGGCCCCCUACUCCCCACCGUGGCAUCUUCGCCCCCCACGCACUGCCCAACCGCAACGGCAGCUCCCGCAGCUUCAGCCCCGUGCUGGGACCCCGGCCGCGGGAGCCCUCGCCCGUGCGCUACGACAACCUGUCCCGGACCAUCAUGGCCUCCAUCCAGGAGCGCAAGGACAGGGAGGAGCGGGAGCGGCUCCUGCGGUCCCAGGCCGACUCGCUCUUCGGCGACUCGGGCGUCUAUGAUGCGCCCAGCUCCUACAGCCUGCAGCAGGCCAGCGUGCUGUCCGAGGGCCCCCGCGGCCCCACGCUGCGCCACGGCUCCAGGGAUGACCUGGUGGCCGGGCCCGGCUUUGGCGGUGCCCGCAACCCCGCCCUGCAGACGUCGCUGUCCUCCCUGUCCAGCGCCGUGAGCCGGGCGCCGCGGACGUCCUCCUCCUCCCUGCAGGCCGACCAGGCCAACAACAACGCCCCAGGGCCCCGGCCAGGCAGCGGCUCCCACCCGGCCCCAGCCCGCCAGGGCCUGCCCUCCCCACCCGGCACUCCCCACUCGCCCUCCUACUCGGGCCCCAAAGCCGUCGCCUUCAUCCACACGGACCUCCCGGAGCCUCCGCCCUCGCUGGCUGUGCAGAGGGACCACCCUCAGCUGAAGACCCCCCCAAGUAAGCUUAACGGGCAGUCCCCAGGCCUGGCCCGGCUGGGGCCUGCUGCCGGCCCCCCAGGGCCCUCUGCCAGCCCCGCCAGGCACACGCUGGUUAAGAAGGUUUCCGGCGUGGGGGGGACCACGUACGAGAUCUCGGUGUGAGGACCAAGCGCCGUCCAUCCGCCAUGGUGCACGCGGACCCGGACCCCGCCGCAGCCCCUUCCCCACUGGCUCCUCUGCCCCGGGGAGAGGGGGCUGCCCAGGCCUGGUGUGGACGCAGCCGC